UUCCAACCAAACAAAAGAACAAAAAUCUUGAAUCUCAAUAAUUUAACAGACGUCCUUUUUAGGACAGAAUAAAAUAUUUGGUUGUUCUACUUCAACUGUAUAAUACACUGAAAAAAACAUAUAUCAUGGCAGAAUCUGCACAUGUUGAACAUUGAUUGAUAGGGAUCAGACUGUCAAAGAAGUAAAAUAUAGAAGCUAUGGCUAUCACAGAGGAAAUAGUAAAUGGCAGUGGUGACAGAGAGCCACUGAUGGCCGAUGAGCAAAAUGGAUCUAAACAAGAGAAAAUCAGCAGUAAUUGGAUGGUUUAUCUCAGCACACUUGUUGCAGUGUGUGGUGCUUUUGAAUUUGGAUGCUGUGCAGGCUACUCCUCACCUACUCAAAAUGCCAUUACUGAAGAUCUCUCUCUAUCUCUAGCUGAGUAUUCAGUGUUUGGUUCCAUAUUGACAUUUGGUGCAAUGAUUGGGGCGAUCACUAGUGGGCCGAUUGCUGAUUUUACCGGUCGAAAAGGGGCAAUGAGAGUGGCUACUGUUGUAUGUGUUGCAGGGUGGCUUUCUAUUUACUUUGCUAAGGGGGCUUUGGCAUUGGAUGUUGGAAGAUUGGCAACAGGAUAUGGGAUGGGAGUAUUUUCCUAUGUGGUGCCUGUAUUCAUAGCCGAAAUUGCACCAAAAACUCUUCGUGGAGCCUUAACAACUCUAAAUCAGCUUAUGAUAUGCUGUGGAGUGUCUGUUUUCUACAUAAUUGGGACAGUACUAACAUGGAGGACUUUAGCAUUAUGCGGGUUAAUUCCUUGUGCUAUCCUAGUUUUUGGGCUAUUUCUCAUUCCAGAGUCUCCUAGAUGGCUGGCAAAGAUGGGGCGUGAAAAGCAAUUUGAGACUGCAUUGAAAACUCUUCGGGGGGAGGGCACUGAUAUAUCUCAAGAGGCAGAAGAAAUUAAGGAUUACAUCGAAACUCUUGAGCGUCUCCCCAAAGCCAACCUGCUAGAUUUAUUUCAGAGAAGAUACCUGCAAUCAGUUAUUAUAGGAGUCGGAUUGAUGGUCGUUCAGCAAUUUGGAGGAAUCAACGGAGUCUGCUUUUACACCAGCAACAUUUUUGAGUCAGCAGGGUUUAAUACUACAAUUGGAACUAUAACCUAUGCCAUUAUUCAGGUUGUAGUUACUGCCCUUAACACAUUAGUGAUAGACAAAGGUGGAAGAAAGCCUCUGUUAUUGGCUUCUGGGACAGGAUUGGUAAUUGCCUGCCUGAUAACUGCGAGUUCAUUCUAUCUGAAGGUUAAUGAAUUGGCACCAAAGGCUGUGCCUGCGCUUGCCGUUACCGGCAUACUGCUAUAUAUAGGAGCUUUUUCAGCAGGCAUGGGUGCUGUUCCUUGGGUCGUAAUGUCAGAGAUAUUUCCUAUAAAUAUUAAAGGAGUAGCAGGAAGCUUAGCAACUCUAACGAACUGGUUUGGUGCAUCGGUAAUCUCAUACACCUUCAACUAUCUUAUGUCAUGGAGCUCUUAUGGUACCUUCAUUAUUUAUGCUGUGAUCAAUGCACUUGGUAUUGUGUUCGUGGCUAAAGUUGUGCCAGAAACCAAAGGAAGAACUCUGGAACAAAUUCAAGCCGCCAUUAAUGCAUAAAGACACAACAGAAUGAAGAAAACUAUCAAAUUGAUGGUAGGAAAUUUAGAUGUCAGCUCUUGAUGGAGCUGAAUCAAAGUAUGGUUUCAAUUGUGCUUACAUUUUAUCGAUGAUAUAAACUUCCAUCGAUUCAUUCAUUUCACUUAAGUGAAAAUUUUGAAUUAUACAGAAAUCUUUGCAAAAAUGAAUUCAUUUUAUCAAGCAAAUUUGGACAGCAUAUUUUUCUAUAUGCUGUAAUUUCUUUUUC